AUGUCGAGAGGUGGUCGCGGCGGAGGUCGCGGGGGAUUUGGAGGCGGUGGGAGGGGCGGUUUUGGUGCAGGGAAUCUUCCCCCACUGGGCCUAACUUUCGCUGACAUCCAGUCCAUGUCCAGGGAGCAAAGCGAAGCUUAUCCGUCCAUGGAUGUGCUUCCAGUUCUUACUGAAUUCUCUGAAGAGGACAGGGCUAUAUGUGAGCAUCAAGUCGGCUUUGCCACCCGUCUACGCCGGUCAGCGUACUACGUGACUGAACCCACGAAAUCUACAGAGCUUGAACGGUACUCAGAUAAAUACCGACCCUCUGCCGCAGCGCAGCCUUCGCUCAAGCGCAAAGACCUGCACCAGCCAUUCUUCCCUCAGGAGGUAUUUGAGGCCUAUUUCAAUCCCAAGAAAAAGCGUAAAGUUGAGAAGAAGGCCUCUUCCAAGAAACUCAAUCUCGAUGAUUUGGCCGACGACGAAGAGGAUCUCGAAAAGUCAGAUGAGGGUCGCUCAGACGAGGGCUCGCAAGUCGCCGACGAAGACUACGAUGUCGACGAAGAGUAUGACAACGAUUAUGCAGAGAACUACUUCGACAAUGGGGAGGGAGACGACAACGAUGAUCUGGGUGGCGGUGGCGGCGGCGAUGAAGGCGGAGGUUAUGAUUAUGACUGA